ACUGUAUAUUACUAGAUCAAACUGUUUGCAUAUGAAACCGGUAUUUAUUAGCCUAUUGAAGUAGGCAUAAACACUGCAGGUGUCUCACAUAAUUCCAUUGAUGCACUACAAUGAUCAACAAAAAAUACAUUAAUUUAAUAAAUAGAUAAUUAAAAUAAGCAUACCAUGUGUUUCCAUUUGUAAUUAGAACCCUGGGGGUUGUGCUCAUUGGUCGCAGUCAAGUCAUGCAGAGCAAGCAAGAGCAGCYUCACAUGAUGAUUUCAAUACAGGUAGACAAGCAGGUGUAGACAGGUUGGCUACUGUUAUUGCAAUUCAUCUCAACUAACAGGAUUCACUGAUUUGAGAGGGAGCAGUCGUCCAACUGCUCUGUAACAACAAACAAGUUUUGACAGGAGGAUGGCCAACUUCAAGGGACAUGCCCUUCCUGGCAGCUGCUUUCUGCUGUUAGGCCUGUGUUGGUCAAUGAAYUACCCUCUCCGACACUGCUGGAGGAGGCGUCAGCCUAAAGGAAGACAAAAACUGCCCCUGUUCUUUAACAGAAUCGACUUAAUCGAGGGGGCACUCAUCAUUUUCUUAGCCUUUGUGGGCAUCAUGGCAGAGCAGUUUGUGCCCGAUGGGCCCCAUGGCCACCUGUACCUCAGAGAGACUAAGUCCUGGGUGAAGCUGAUGAACUGGCAGCACAGCACAAUGUACUUCUUCUUCGGCAUCUGGGGAAUUGUUAAAGUCCUCAGUAUGUCGCCGCUUCCAGUCCCACUUGGUCUUGACCGUCUUGCUCUCUCUCUGGCUUUUUUCAUUGAAGGGUUUCUGUUUUACUUCCAUGUGCACAUGCGCCCUCCUCUGGAUACCCACAUCCACUCCCUGCUGUUUGUGGCAGUGUUUGGUGUGGCGGCCAGCACCCUGUUGGAGGUGUUCAUGCGAGAUAACAUCAUACUGGAACUUCUCAGGACCAGCAUGACCAUCCUGCAAGGCUCCUGGUUCUUUCAGAUUGGAUUCGUGCUGUACCCAUUAAACGGAGUACAGUGGGAUCUGAAGGCACACGAUAACACCAUGUUCGUCACCAUGUGCUUCUGCUGGCAUCUAGCUGUGGCCCUGCUGAUCGUUGGCAUCAACUACUGGAUGGGCUGGUGCUGUGUACAAAGAUGUGCAGGGAAGGGAGGUGACAUAGAGAUCGGGAUGAGAAAGACAUCCAGCUCCCAGAAGGCUCUGCUGCAGGAUUCUGAUGAAGAGUAAGCGGAUGGAUCAUGAAGUGUACCACAGGAGGUUGGUGGCACCUUAACUGGGGAGGAUAGGCUAGUGGUAAUGGUUGGAGCGGAAUAGUAUCAAAUACACUACAUCAACACACAUGGAAGUGUUUGAUGCCAUUCCAUUAGCUACGUUCCAGCCAUUAUUGAGUCGCUCUCCCCUCACCAGCUUCCACUGGUGUGUACAGUAGUAGAUCACUGUUAUUGUUUUCUCCAAUUGUUAUUUUUUUGUCUGAAGUUUGAUUAACAUUUUUUUAACAUUAACAUUUGUAUCCGUGCUAGCGUGUAUAUUUUUUAUUUUGAGUGAUAUUUUUCAAUGAAAUAAUGAGAUGUAUUGUUGAGUUCAGAUUAAGGCCAAAUUAAUUGCAAAUAAAAUGAUUUACAAAUGCAUGUAAUUCAAACUAUAAAAGCUAAUUUAUGAUUGUCAAGAUAAGUGAAAUGUACUAGCAUUCCUUUGAGGUUUCCUCCCUGAAGUGAAACAUGAACACCGGACAUUGUUACCUGACAGGGUUUCCUCUCCUCUUAAGACGGUUUAAACAUGUGCUCAUCCUGCCUGUGGCUAUAGAGCAACGUACUUCCUUCCAUCCUG